GACUUAGGAUUUAGGUUUUUUUUUUUUUUUACUUAGGUUUUUUUUUAGGAUUUAGGUUUUUUGCGCAGCCGUAGAUAUGUACUUUAGUGGAGCAAAGAUCUUACUAUAUACGUCGUAGGAGUUUUCGGACCUCAGAAUGAUAAACACCAGGAUGAUGUCGACGCCAGCAAAAAAGAGGUUGAUGACGGAUUUCAAGAGGUUGCAGCAAGACCCAUAUGAUGGAAUAAGCGGAUCUCCACAAGACAACAAUAUCAUGCGCUGGAAUGCUGUCAUAUUCGGGCCUGAUGACUCCCCAUGGGAUGGAGGUACUUUCAAACUCUCACUGCAGUUCUCAGAAGAUUAUCCUAAUAAGCCGCCAAAAGUUCGUUUUGUGUCACGGAUGUUCCAUCCAAAUAUUUAUGCAGAUGGGCGUAUAUGCUUGGACAUUCUGCAAAACCAGGACUGGAGCCCUGUAUAUGAUGUUGGUGCUAUACUUAUCUCUAUCCAGUCGUUGCUCUGUGACCCUAAUACGGAUACUUCUGCAAACUCGGAAGCCGCUCGGAUGUACAGCGAAAGCAAGCGUGAGUACGACAGAAGAGUGCGUGAUGUUGUUGAGGAAAGCUGGACUUCUGACUAGUAGUUUGUUAGUUGUUAUCUUUGUAACUCUCUCCUACUCUCAUAAUGUCACCUUUAAGCAACAGCUUUCAUUCAUGUCUUUUGUGUUUCCAAAACUCUUAUAGUGAUUUGGACGCUUUGUAUAUAUGUAUUACGAUUGUUUUGGACAAAAUAAUAUUGGAGGGAUUUUAAAACA